AGUAAGUAAAUGGAUAUUUGGAAAUUUCAAUUACAUAGACGAUAUCCGGCAACUGACUUAAAUAAAAACGAAAUAUUUUUUAUCUGAUAUUAAUUAAACAGCGGUAAAUUAAAAUAAAUAAACACUUAAUUAAAUAAUUUAAAGUGCUUCUACAACAUUGUGACAAGUUUGAAGUAGCAAGACUUGCACUCACUUAGUAGGCCUUGCCUUAGCCUUAGCCUUAGUCUUAGUAGGGGCUAGGAAAGGGCAACACUUACACUAUCACUCUAUCAGUAAUUAUCAGUAUAAUUUGUAGUAGUUUAUGAAUGGCUAUCAGCUUAUAUCUAACCUUAGUCAGCCUUAGACGAUGUUGAAUACAAUGAAAGCUGUGAAGCUUCAAUUUACUACUAAUUACUCGCCUAGGGACCAAAGAUUAAUUGGUGCUAUUAUUUUCAGGGAUGAUUCUAUAAUUAAUUUGCUAUUCUGCCCAAUCCAAAGGAUUAUGAUCAUGUACAUUAAUAAUUUUAAAGAAGAAGCCUGUAGACGAAAAAGAGAAGUGAAACUGAAUUUUAGUAUAGAAUCCCUAGUGAACACGAAUGGAUAAAAAUUGAAACUAUAGUAUAGGGUUAUAUGAUUAUCAAUAAUAUUAUUAUCGAAGUGUCUACACAUCCGGCGCGCCGGACACAUAAUGCGGGAGAUAUACGUCCGGCAGGCAUGUCACGUGACCGCCAGACGACUUGUAGGCGUUAUUAUUCCUGCAGGUCAUGUGACAAGUGGUUGCCUGCAAAAUAGUUGCAUUAUGAUUGCAUUUGAUCCCUGGAUAAUAAAUAAGGCAGUGUCUAAACGUCCGGUGCGCCGGACGUAUAUCUCCCGCACUAUUUGUCCGGCAACCAAGUCACAUGACCGCCGUAACAAAGUGGCGAGAGAUAUCUUGUCGGUCAGCCUUGUCACGUGACUGCGAAUGAUUCAAAACUAUUGUUAUUAAAUUGUUAAUUUUAAAAUCUAUUUCUCUACCAAGUAAUGUACUUAGUAUCUUGAAUGCAAAUAAUAGAAAAAAACUUAAGUGAAAGUGGUAUGUAAACAUUUUUGUUUUGUUUGUUACCAGUUGAGUUUGUGUACCAGUAAUCCAUAAAAUAAAUUAGGGGCCAGUGUGGAGUAGGCAACCAAUAAAAGUAAAAGAUUUCAUUUUAAAUUGUUUAAAUUGCUACAAAAUAAUUUAAAAACUUCUCAUGAAACUACUGUUGCUGAUGAACAUGAUAAUAAAAAUAUAGUAUAAAAUAUUUUUAAUUAAAAUGGGAAAAAAAACUAUCCUUUCUCCGGAAUUGAUCCUCAAAUCAUAAUAUUAAGCAAUAACUCUACCACUAGACCACACAAGAUCUACCAAACUGCACUUCGUUCAGAAUAAUAAAAACUACUAGCGUGACAUGCCGCCGGACGUAUAUCUUGCGCACUAUUUGUCCGGCGCGCGGACGUGUAGACACUUCGAAUAAAUAAAUGCUGAACAUGUGAAUAUAUUCAAAUUGAGUUAAAUAAAGUGUUUGACUUUGAAUCUUAAACUAGUCGGCCUAUAUAUUAAUUAGUAGUACAAGUACUUGUAAAGCUCUACCUUGAAGCUUAAAUUUAAAAUAUGAACCAAGUAAAAUAAGACCAGUAGUAGUAGUAGUAGACUUCAAUAGACCUAUGCCUAUGUCAAUAAAGUUUUAUUUCAGAAUUAGUAUUUAAUAUUGCAAGACAAGUAGGCUAGGCUACCACUAUAUCGGCCCUAUAUUAAGAUGUAGGGUAUAUUUCUUUGUGAACUAUCGGCCUCCCUGCCUUAAACUCACUAUUUAUCACCCUCAGUGUUAUUUUUUUAGCAUUAGUAUUUUUUAUUACCGUUAUUCUCUCUCCCUCUUAGCAUUGUUUCCUUCUAGAAUGCAUUGCUUAACCCCCACUUUGUUUGGUAAAAUACCCAAUUAUUUUUUUCUAUUAUUUGUUUGCAAGAUACUUAGUAAAUUACUUGGUAGAGAAAUAGAUUUUAAAAUUAACAAUAGUUAAGGCUGAAGGACAAAAAUCUUGCGCCACUUUGUUACGGCGGUCAUGAGACUUGGUCGCCGGACGAAUAUCUCGAUAAAGUAUUCUUCUGGCGCUCAUGUAACUUGGUCACCGGACAAAUAGUGUGGGAGAUAUCCGUCCGGCGCGCCGGACGUGUAGACACUGCCUAUUAUUAUUGCUAUGUAACAUAGCACUAAUAAUAUCAUAUAGCCCUAACUGAUAAAUUAUAAAUAAAAAUGUGUUGAAAAAAUUAAUUUACAUUAAAAAGGCCUAUUUUAGCCUAUAAUAUAAAUGUAUAUUUCAGACAACAAAAUGGGUGAAUCCCCAAAUGAAUUUAAGCUGACUAAUAUGCCAUUAGAUGGCAUCAGUUCUGUCAAAUUCGGACCAAACUCCAAUCAGUUCCUCCUUGUAUCAUCUUGGGAUGAAACUGUUCGUUUAUAUGAUGUUGUUGCUGACAGCAUGCGUUUCAAGUACACACAUUCUGCACCAGUGCUUGAUUGCUGUUUUUAUGUAAGUAUUUAAAUUAUAAAUCAUUUAGCUGCGAUUGUGAUUAUUAGUGAAGCCUUUUCGUUUUCUUAUAACAUGAGUUUUGACAGAACAAAUAUUAUAAACUAACAUUAGUGGAAAUAAUUAAACAGGAUUAAAAUAAACCACAUGAAUUGAUCCUAGUAUGGCAUAACUACAAACUCCAAUCCAUUUUUACUUUGGAGAAGUAUUUUUGAAGUUUAGGCAAGUAAGUUGAGUCAUUCUAAAUUUGUAAAAUGAGUUUAAAAUCAUGUACAUUGCAUUUUAAGAACACUCAGUUUAUUGAGUAUUUAUUUUCAGGAUGCAGUCCAUUCUUUUAGUGGGGGUCUUGAUAAGACCUUGAAGAUGUAUGACUUUAAUACAAGCACAGGUAUUAAAAUUUGAUAAAUUAAAAAUGUUUUUAAAUUUAUUAUAAAAAUUUCAUCAGAUACAUUAAGCAUUUUUUUUUAUCUUUAGAAACUUUUAGCAAAAUAUAUUUUAACUUCUAGUUUGGCAGUUCCAUUGUCAUUAUUAUUAUUUAAAAUUAAAAAAAAGAGUAUAGUUUUUGUGUGUGUAUAAGUUGCUUUCUUUAAUAUUUUUUAGAUCAAAUAAUUGGUAAUCAUGAUGGUGCCAUACGGUGUGUUGAAUAUGCUCCAGACGUCAACAUAAUAAUCACAGGCAGCUGGGAUUCUAAUGUGAAAAUGUGGGACCCUCGUCAGGCAAAUAUGGUGGGAAGUUUUUCACAGCCAGACAAGGUAUUAGUUAACUAUUGAACUAUAUUUUAUUCAGUUUCAAAGUCAGAACUGAAGUUACAGAAUUACAUCAUUUAAAUUUAGAAAUUAUUUUAUAAAAUGUACCAUAAGCGUAACCAUAGCAGAAAUAUUAUGAUAUGGUAAGGAUUUUUUUGUGUUUAAUGUGAAUUCAAUUUUACAAUUAUUGGAUCACCAAUAAGUUUAUAAUUCACUUUUCCAUGCAUUUGGAUAAUAAUUAUGUUUAAUCUGCUUCUCUGAGUGUGUUAUAAAAAUAAAAACUAAUUGACAUACAGGUCUACACAAUGUCGGUUUGUGGAGAUUGCUUGAUUGUUGGCACAGCAGGUAGACGAGUGCUUGUUUGGGACCUAAGGAACAUGGGAUAUGUACAGCAACGCAGGGAAUCAAAUCUUAAAUACCAGACACGCUGUAUCAGAAGUUUUCCAAAUAAACAGGGUUAUGUUCUCAGUUCCAUUGAAGGUAUUUUACAGAACUAGCAGCAUUCAAGAAUUUUUUUUAACUAUAGAUCGUGAAUUUUAAAAGAAAAUGCUAAUUAAAAUUGAAAGGUCAUGGCCAUUGACCAUUUGCACCAAUUUCAUCACUUUCAUCAGAAGUAGGGAACUUACUAUGCUAUUAACCAUUACUGCAUUCCAUAUGAUUUUUUAACCACUUUUAUUAGAUUUAUAAAUGGAAUUCAGUAAAGUUAUAAGGUUUAUGCACCCAAAAACUGCAAUACAACAGAAAAUUUACUUUAAUGAUAUACUUUUAAUCAACUGUUUGUGGUAUUCUAAAUGAGUGUGUGGAUUUAAUAAAUUCCAGCAUAUCAGAUACUAGUCAUUCAUCAUGAAUAGUAUUAAGUAUGCUUAAUUGAAGAGAUUUUUGCUGAUAAUUUUGCAAGCUAAUGAGGUAUUUAAAUGAUUGUUUUACAGGUCGAGUAGCUGUUGAAUACUUAGAUCCUAAUCCAGAGAUUCAGAAAAAGAAAUAUGCCUUUAAAUGUCACAGAAUCAAAGAAAAUGGGCAAGAGCUGAUAUAUCCUGUCAAUGCCAUAGCAUUUCAUAAUGGUUAUAACACAUUUGCAACAGGAGGAUCUGAUGGUUAUGUCAACAUAUGGGAUGGUUUCAACAAAAAACGUCUCUGCCAAUUCCACAGGUAAAUUUCACUCAAAAUGGAGAAUGUUUAAGAACACUUAUUAAAUUAUUGUCCUUAUUUUUUUAUUUUAAUAACUUUCCAUAAGUUAUAAAGAAAAAUGACACAUUAUGAAUACAGAAAAUUAAUGUAAACCCUGCCAAUAUGGAUCAAGUUUUAAAAUAGCAAAUUUAGUUUUCUUGGAUAAAAUUGAUCACAGAUUUUAAACAAUGUUACUUUUACUUACCCUUGAGACACUUAAACAAAUUGAUUGAUUUGGUGAAUUAUUUAAAAAUUAAUGUAAUUCAUGGCAAACAAAUUUUGUGUUACCCCUCCCACAACUAUCAUUGUCACUGAAUACAAUAGAUUGUAAUUUAGUACCUGAAGUAGUAAAAAAAAUUAAAGACAUCUUCUAAGGUGAACUAAUACUUUAUAGCAUUGUGUCAUAAAUUUAAAAAUAAAUUUUAUUUGUAAUAUGAAUUUUAAUUUCAUUGAUCUUUCUGCCAGGUAUCCAACAAGUAUUGCUUCUUUAGCCUUCAGCCACGAUGGAAGUGUACUUGCUAUUGCUUCAUCUUUUAUGUUUGAGACAGAGAUAGACAAAUCAGUGCCUGUUCCAGACACAGUAUACAUAAGAAAUGUGACAGACCAGGAAACAAAGCCAAAGUUGUGAGCUGAAAUAGUAAACAUGUUUUUAUUUUAAAUCUGAUGUUUAUUUUAUUGUUAACAUUCAUUUUAUGUAAAUACUGCUGUAUUUUUGUUUGUUUUUUGUUGUUGUUUUUUUGCAAGUAAUUAAAAAAUAAAUGUUUUAAAUGAUUAUGAUUAACAAAUAGCUUAUCAAAAUUUCCAAUGUUCAAAUUUAUAAUUACCUUUUUGCAAGUUAUUUAUUUAUCCUUCAUGAAUUCAGAAUUAAAAUGGCAUCUGUUCUCAAAUGGAAAUCAAAUUACAAUGCCAGACCUUAAAAUAUUACUUUAUAAUUAAACUAAAUACAGUGAUUAACAAGGCUGAAACUGGUUUUAAGAUGAAUAUAUUGUGGAAGUUUAUGUUGUUACUUCUAGUUAUGUGUCAAAUGUAUUGAAUACAUCUAGUGUGCAUCUGAUUUUGGUGAUGUGUGAUAUGUAUGGGAAUUUCAGAGUUUUAAGGGACCCAUUUACUCCCAAAUAACUUGUUUCAUGUUAAAAUUCUGUAAAUUUGAAUAUUUAUGAACAUUCGCAAGUUAUACCAAUGUUGAAAAAAAUUACAAAUCGCAACAUCAAUAUCCUAAAAAUAAACACCAAAUAUUCAUAGUAUUAGUAGCCUUGCAAAUGCAACAAAAUUUUAUAAUUUCUGUUGCAUGUCGGUGUGUAUAUCUAUAUUUAUCUAAUGAUAUUUUGAUAUAUGCAGCCUGCUGAGAGGAUGUAGCAGACAAUGCAAAUAAUUAGGACUUCUGUUGGCAUGGGGUCAAGAAACAAUGUAAAAAUGUAGCUAGAAAUAUUUUUGUCUAUAUAAUUGAUGAAGAAAUGAAAGGACAGAAUACUCUAGUUACUGUUUUGUAUAACUGGUGUGAAAAUAUCAUCAGAAAACUUAUGAUUAAAUUAAAAUCUAUCUGGACUGUUCACAUCUGAUUUGUUGCUUUGUUUUACACUAAGAAGUUGAGCAGGUUAUUUAAGACUUUGAUGCAAAGAUUGAUGUUACAAAAAAUAAUUAAAUAUUUUUUGAGUGAACAAUUGAAAAGUACAAAAUGAAACUUGGUAGGAAUUACAGGGAAAAGUGAAAUCAAAGGAAACAUCUUAAAUAAUCAAAUAUUUUCUCAACAAAACCUUAAUAUUGAAGAAACAUCAAGAAUUUUUGGAAGACGAAGAUAACUACUAAGGAAUACGUUUCAGAAUUACUGUGUUACAUACCACUGUAAGUUCUGUAAGUAUAUAGAAUUUAAUCUCUUUUUGUCUAUAUGGCUCAUUGACAAACAGUACACAACAAAAGAUGAUACCAUAAAUUAAAUA